ACUGCAGAUCUUUCGGCGUUGGGAAAAGAAAUGGUUCCAUGCUCAAAUAACAACGGUUUAGACAGAAAAAUCUGGAGUAUGAAAACAAAAACAUGCAUGAAGAUACCAUGGAAUAUUGUACUAUUCUCUUGUGUAUUACUCUUCUAUAUUUCUCCUAAGGUUCAAGUCUGUCGAGGACAAGACUACGAUAUCGACGCGCCACCACCUCUGCCACUGGAAGAAGAAGAAUGCAACGGAAUAUUCCUGUCCUACACUUUUAUAUCGCGACAGAAGGCAUUCCCACGACUGAAGAAUGCAUCAGCGCAGGCUUGGGCUUUUAAGUCCACCGCCACGGUGAUGAAUACAGGGUUCGAUGAGUUGAAGGCAUGGAAGAUAUUUAUAGGGUUUCAGCAUGAGGAGAUAUUGGUGAGUGCAGAUGGGGCUGUUAUAGCAGAUGGGGAUGAUUUUCCGGCGGCGGUCGGGAACGGGACCUACUUGUCGGGGUAUCCGCAGGCGGAUUUGAAGACCUCUGUUGAGACUGCAAGUGAUUUGAAUCAGAUGCAGGUGCAGAUUCCGAUGACUGGGACGCAGUUCGGGUUGAAGCCUCCGGCAGUUCCUAUGCCAAGGACUAUAAGGCUUGAAAAUGAUGGAUAUAAAUGCCCUAAUCCUACUCGUCGUGGGAGCUCAAUGCAUGUAUGCUGUGCAAAGGAUCCAAAAUACAAGGCCAGAGAGGAAAAAUCAACGAAGUUCUCGCCUCGACGGAACGGUGAUCUCUCCUUCUCUUACGAUGUCCUCCAAGCCUCGGACAGCAACUAUCUUGCCCAAGUAACCAUUGAUAACAAAAACCCUAUUGGCCGUCUGGACCAUUGGAACUUAACUUGGGAGUGGAUGAGAGGAGAGUUCAUAUACAACAUGAGAGGAGCCUUCACUCGUAAAAAGGACAGCUCAGAAUGCAUAUAUGGGGAAGCCGGACAGUACUACAAAACCUUUGAUUUCUCUGCUGUCAUGAACUGUGAGAAAAGACCAGUCAUUGUAGACCUGCCUGCUGAUAGAGCAAAGGAUGAGAAAGUUGGGAACUUACCAUAUUGCUGUAGAAAUGGCAGUCUUCUACCGAGCACCAUGGACGUGAGCAGAUCAAGAUCCGUUUUCCAAUUACAAGUUUACAAGCUUCCACCUGACCUGAAUCGAACCGCUCUUUUCCCACCCCAGAACUGGGAAGUUGACGGCGUUCUUAAUCCACAUUACAAGUGUGGCCCUCCUAUUAGAGUAGACCCAACAGAAUUUCCAGAACCGAGCGGCCUUCAGUCUACCGUUAUAGCCGUGGCAAGUUGGCAAGUGGUCUGCAACAUCACUCGCCCUCGAGCCAAGCAUUCCAGAUGUUGCGUUUCCUUUUCCGCCUUCUACAAUGAUUCCGUUGUGCCCUGCAACACCUGCGCUUGCGGCUGUGAGGAAUCAGACACUUGCAGUGCGGACGCCAACCCUUUGCUCCUCCCUUCGGAGGCUCUGCUUGUGCCCUUUGACAAUAGAACAGCCAGAGCAAAAGCUUGGGCUAAAGUUAAACACUAUCCUGUUCCAGAUCCAUUGCCUUGUCCGGACAAUUGUAGGGUUAGCAUUAAUUGGCACAUCUAUACUGAUUACAGGACUGGAUGGACCGCCCGGAUUUCAAUCUUCAAUUGGGAUGAUGUGAUUUUUGAGGACUGGUUUGGAGCAAUUGUGAUGGAGAAAACUUAUCCUGGUUAUGAAAAUGUGUACUCAUUCAAUGGGACCAAGCUGCCACAGCUCAACAAUACCAUCUUCUUUGAAGGCUUACCAGGUCUGAACUACUUAAUGGGAGAGACAAAUGGGACUAACCCGAAACGUGAUCCAAGAGUACCUGGAAAGCAGCAGUCAAUAAUUUCAUUUACCAAGAAACAGACGCCGGGGAUCAAUUUAGCUAGAGGGGAUGGAUUUCCUUCACGGGUGUUCUUCAAUGGGGAAGAAUGCUCUCUUCCUGCACAGCUUCCCUUGCGAGGAGGGCAAAGUCGAACUCAUGUCAGCUUCUUGCCAGUGGUUUUCCUCACAGUGGUAAUUUGGGGUCUCCAUUGAGAAUCAUUUGGGGCCUCCCAUUGAUUCUGUAAAGCCUGGGUUUAGUAUUAGUGAAUUUUGAAAUGCAGAAAAA